CCAUACCUUGGAAUGAAAACUAACUUUUGAAACUUCCUCUGAUUACUGAUUGCUCUGAUUGCUAGUCUCAAGGGUACGAGUUGUGGCUCGGAGUCUGAGGAUUGUGGAGCCAGUGGAGAUCCAUCCAAUACCUUUCCCAUGUGAACAAAAGUUCGAGUGACGCACGGUACAGCCUUUUGCUUUAGCUCUGGUGAAAAUAUGCUUGUACAUGGGCAUUUAGCCCAGCGAGCACCCUCUUCGCAGAUCAUGGAUGGCUCAGAUGAACAUGGAGACCCGGAUGUAGCCGAUCCUCCGAGAAUGUUCAGUGCAAUGGAGCGCAUGGCGCGGACUAUGGCAUUUCCAGCUCUGAAUGACGUCAAACUUGCCGAGUACAUGGCUUGCCUGGAGCACCACGGCGUUGGAGACGAGCUGAUCUCGUCAAUACAGUCGGACACAGGUACCAAGCUCCUCGACCCCGCUGCAGAGCUAACAUUAGAUUUAGAGGACGUCCACAGACUCGGAGACUCUGGCAUUGUUACCGCUGCGGCCAGUGAAACUGCUCUGCAGGAUCAAGCUUCGUGGUUGAAGCGGGUAACUAGGCGAUCUCUCGGACUGGUAACGUCCGCUUUGCAAACCGCUAUGGCCGAUCUUGCGUACGUGGACAGCGCAGAUGAAACGGGGCACAGCGCGUCCGAUACGGACUCUGAGGAAGAUCAUACCGGGAUGGCUAAAGACGAGGUGGACACUGGCUUCCUCCACGAUGCCUCAAGCUGGUUGUCAAGCACGAAAGACGUGAUUGCGAACUAUUCCCGCUCCGCAAUGUUCACAGGCAUGCAGGGAGUUCUAUCUCUAUAUGCUGGAUCAGCAAUGCUCCAUGACGAGGCAGAUCCGUAUCCGGUUGAUAAAUUGUCCGAUGGUCCACGACCAGGAGACAGGAUAUUAAUCAUUGGUGCUGGCCCCGCUGGUGUGCAUAUGGCUAUGAAGAUGCAGAAGCGAGGACAUGCCGUCACUAUCCUGGAGAAAGAGCAGAUUGGAGGCAAGGCGUACACGGUGAAUCACCGCGAAGCAGCUCACGAGAUGGGUGCAUGCUACCUGAGCCCGGACUACGAGCUAGUUGUGGAGCUGCUGCAGGAGUAUGGCAUGUCUUCUCAACUCGAUGUCAAGCAAAGGACAGUCUGGACUGACGCAAAGAAGGACGUAGGCGGAAAGCUCCGGGACUGGUUCUACCAGGCCGCAAAGGAGGCAGAAAACGACCUGGAUGCCAAGGACAGCGCCAUUGCUUGGGAGAUCUUCAAGCAGGCUAUACAUUACAUAUCCCACCACCGACGGUUGCUACUGAACUACGAGGAAACAGGAUUUCUGCCGCCGCGGCCAAGCGCCGAGCACUUGGAAGAGCUGCAGAUGAGCAUCGCCGACUUCUUUGAUAAGUACGAGUUGCGCGCGCUGAAGCCCAUCUUCAAGCUCGCCUACACACUGCAGGGCUACGGGUUCGUCGAGGAAGAGCCCAUUCUGUACGGCAUGCUUUGGGUUACACCACCGCUCCUGAACGGCCUGAUCGAGAUGCUGAAAGUACGCAAGGUGCUGCACAAGCGUCGGCUGCGCAAGCGCAUGGGCACACCGCGCAGUAUCACCACGCUGGAGAAAGGCUUCCGACCGCUGUUCGAGGCCAUCAUCGCCCGCUGCCAGGACCGCGCUAGCCUUCCAGGAAAGCAGCCAUUCCGUGUCCUGCAGCAGACUGUCAUUACCAAGCUUGAGCGAACGGAUACGGAUGUGACGGUAGAGUUUCACAGAGAGUGUACCAACGAGCAAGGCACGGUCAAGGAAAGCACUGUCACGGAAACAUUCGACUUCCUCAUCAUGGCAGCCCCUAUACCACAGGUACGAGACUUGAUAGACUUAAGAGAAGACGAGAAGAAGUUGUUUUCCUCGCUACACGAAUCGACAUUCUUCACUUCGCUGGUCGACUACCGGCCUGCUAAACAGUCGAACGAUACGUCAGUCGAUAAUUGGCUGGACAAUAUCACUCUCGACAGACCAUUGAAGGUGUGGGCUAGUCGGGAUUCGCACCACUUGCUGCGGGAGAAUGGACGCCCAGUACGAAUAGACAAUGAGGACAUUGGCACUCUUGUGGCAUACCAGUAUGUACCCGGAUCUGUCCACAACCAUGCAGAUGACACACCAGCGGUGAUAGUGGAAGAGAAGAUCCAGGUGGAGAAAGAAGCGGCCAAGGAAGAGCUGAUGAGCCACUUUGAGCGUGCUGGCAAGGACGUGGUGAACUGCUCGCAAUAUCGCUUCCGCUACUUUCCCCGACACAACAAGGAGAGUAUCGGCCAAGGUAUUCUUUGGGACAUAAUGGAAGCUCAGGGCAGAUACAAGACGUGGUAUGUCGGAGCGCCGAUGUGCUUUGAGGCCAUCAACGCCAUAUUUGGCUACAACGAGCAGCUGUUCAAGGUCUGGGACCGACAGCUCGAGGACGAGACGGUGCUGGGAGAGCGGGAACGAAGCAUGAACGCGGAGAAUGGCGGUGGCGAGACAUGCAGCAUGGCUCACGAUGGUGAAGGACGUAGUAACGCUGCUGCAGGUGAUGAAGAAAGGCCAACCACUAGCAGUCGCCUUUAGGCACACCGUGUGUGGAACUUUAGUGUACGUGUCGGUUUUUGAGAUUUGAAUAGUCAGUGCGGUCUUGGACUAUUAGACCUUCCACUGGUAUCAGUCCUGCGUGUGUGUGUGUGGAUGUGCGUGGGUGUGUGUGGUGUGUGUGUGCGUGUGGGUGCGUCGGUGCGGGUGUGUGUGCGUGUGUGUGUGUGUGUGUGUGUGUGUGUGUGUGUGUGUGUGUGUGUGUGGGUGCGUAGAGGACGACAUGUCAUUGUUUUCUGUAGUUAUCAGAGAAAUUCAAGUUUGUUGUAAUACAUUGCUGUGUCUCUGAUGCGCUGUCUCACGGUCUGUUGCUGUCGCGCACAUCUUGUAGAAACAUCAAUUUUUCUAGUGGCUGAAUCUGCUAUAACUUGCACUUCACAGAACCUCUCGUGAUAGUUAGGCGCUCGCAGUGUGGGUGAGCGUGGGGUCUUCUACAUGGCCGUGAGAGUGUGUGACUGUGCGGAGUGUCAACCUAGCUGUGCUCCGUGAAAUACGACCGCAAGUGCAAACUGGCACUGGCGCCCAGGACCAUUUCCGAAUACAUCAGUGUAUUUUGUAUAAUUAUUAUGUGCACGUCCAGUCACCUAUGAUUCCUACCGC